AUGGAGGUGGCUCGUACCUCCAUGAUCCAUGCGGCUGCUCCCCAUUUUCUGUGGCCGUUUGCGGUCCGGUACGCUGCGCAUCAGCUCAACCUCUGGCCCCGUGUCUCCUUGCCGGAGACCUCGCCUACACUGCGUUGGACGGGGGAGGUUGGCGAUGCGUCGGUGUUCCGGGUCUGGGGCUCUCGUGCCUUUGUCCGCGAUACCUCCGCGGACAAGCUCUCCUCCCGCACCAUUCCCUGUGUCUUCCUUGGCUUCCCGUCUGACGCGCCUGGCUGGCAGUUUUACCACCCCACCUCGCGCCGUGUUCUGCCCUCUCAGGACGUCACGUUUGACGAGUCGGUUCCCUUCUACCGUCUCUUCCCCUACCGCACUGCCCCUCUCCCCCCCCCCCCGCCGCUCUUCCUCGCUCCAGGUCCCCCUCCGGUAGACCCCCUCCCCCCUCAGGGUCCUGCUCCUUCAGGUGCAUCUCUGAUAGACCCACUUCCCUUGGCUGAGCCUGUCGAGGUCACUGGUGACUCUGGUGCUGCUGGGGGUGGUGCUGCUCGGGGUGCUGCGUCUGGGGGUGCUGAGCCUGAGCGUGCGGAGCCUGGGGGUGCUGAGCCUGAGCGUGCGGAGCCUAGGGGUGCUGAGCCUGGGGGUGCGGAGCCUAGGGGUGCUGAGCCUGAGGGUGCUGAGCCUGGGGGUGCUGAGCCUAGGGGUGCUGCGUCUGCUGGAGGUCCUACGGUCGCGCUGCUGGGGCUUGGGGCACCAAAGCUGGAGGCACUGGAGCUGGAGGCGCUGGAGCUUGAGGCACCGGAGCUGGAGCCGAUGGAGCUGGAGGCACUGGAGCUGGAGGCACUGGAGCUGGAGGCGCUGGAGCCGGAGGCACUAGAUCUGGAGCCGCUGGAGCUGGAGGCACUGGAGCUGGAGGCGCUGGAGCAGAAGGCGCUGGAGCUGGAGGUGCUGGAGCUGGAGGUGCUGGAGCUGCAGGUGCUAGAGCUGGAGGCGCUGGAGCUGGAGGUGCUGGAGCUGGAGGCGCUGGAGCUAGAGGCACUGGAGCUGGAGGCACUAGAGCUGGAGGCGCUGGAGCUGGAGGCACUCGAGCUGGAGGUUCUUAGUCUUCCUUCGUCCACUGCCCUUCCUCCAGACUCACCGCUGCCUGCCCCCCCUCGUUACACUGAGCAGCCAGCCUCCCUUACAGAGCGUCGUGAGCCUGCGUAUUGUCCUGCCUCCCUUGUUCGCACUGUUCACCGUGCUUGUCGUGUCCCGUGUCUGCGUCCUCCUCCUGUGCCAGGUACUCACGCUAUGGCACUUCGUCCUUCCUCUGUUCCGCAGCGUGUCCCCCUGCCGUCUCCUCCUGCGUCCUCUCUUCCUGACGUUCCGGACCCCGGGUCUGACUUGGUUCGUGCUGCCAGCCCCACUGUCACGCGUCUCCUGGCCACAGUCAUCUCUGACCCGUCGUUGACGUCUGCCUUAGUUGCUGAGCUUGUGGACUUUGCUGCUGCGUGUCGUCUAGACUACGCCGCCAGUCUUGUUGCUGAGUCUGAGUCUGUCUGUCCUCCGUCCGUCGGAGGUGAGUGUGCUCUUGGCACGGACGUCCUUGAGGACAAGCAGGAGGACUUUGAGUGUCUUGCGGCUGCUGUACCUCAUCUCGUGGCCUGGCUGCUUGCGCCUGAGGGAGACCCGGAUGCACUGGACAUCCCGACCCCGCGCUCUUACGUAGAGGCGAUUUCGGGUCCCUACUCCUCUCAGUGGCAGACAGCCAUGGACGCAGAGAUGGCAUCCUGGAAGUCCACAGGCACCUACGUCGACGAGGUUCCCCCACCUGGGGCGAACAUAGUCGAUGGCAUGUGGAUUUUCAGGGUGAAGCGGCCGCUAAGUUCUGGGUGA